AUGUCGCAUCCAUACCCCUACAGCUGUACCACGGCAAUCCCUGAGAUCCAGUACGAAGAAUACAACGGCGCUCGGUUCGCAUACGUGUACUGGCCCGCGGCAACUGAGCAAACCAAAGGCUGCAUCUUCGUCGUCCACGGCUUCUGCGAGCACACCAAACUGAACAACCGUCUUAUGGACCAACUGGCACUCAAGGGCUACGAGAGCUUCAUGUUCGACCAGAGAGGCUCAGGAAUGACCUCUCCCGGCAGACUACGGGGUCUCACCAACGAAAAGCUCGUGUUCGAUGACCUGGACCAUUUUCUGCUCAAGAACCUCGAGAGAUGCGCGGCUAACGACAUCCCGGUCUUCCUGUUCGGCCAUUCGAUGGGCGGCGGCAUCGUACUGAACUACGCAUGUCAUGGCACUUACCGGUCCAGGGUGGCUGGGUUCUCCACCACGGGGCCUCUCAUAGAGCUGCACGCGAGCGCAAAACCAAUGUGGAUCACGGAAAAGCUGUCGCCGCUGCUAGCACGCUGUCUCCCCAACAUGCGUAUCGAUACCAAGCUGAACCUUGACGGCAUAUCGUCGGACCCCGCUUACCGCGCCUUCCUCCAGCACGACCGUCCCCUGAGUACCCCGCUUAUCGGCUCUCUAAGACAGAUCUACGACUUUUUGCAGCGCGGCAAAGCGCUGCUCGACGAGAAAUACGUCAAGGAUCAUUUCACACGCGACAAGCCCGUGCUCGUCAUCCACGGCACGCGCGACACCGUCAACGAUCCCGCCGCAUCUAAGCGGUUCAUCGAUCACGUGUGUCCUGCGCCAGAUCGCACGCUCAAAUUGGUCGAAGGAGCAAGACACAGCAUCCUGUCGCUCGAGAAGGACGUCUUUUUCAACGAAGCGUUCGACUGCUUCUCCGCAUGGCUCGACCAGCACGUGCCUGCGUCCAGCGCAUAG